AUGUAUACCGCCCGUGUCGUCAAGCCAAAGCUGUCCCUGAGCAUCUCUGCUGUGCAGAAUGCUCCUCGGCCAACACUAUCCCUCAAGUCACCAAGUACUCUUCCUCGCACACCUGUCUCGCCAAUUUCCGCAGCGAGUCCGUCAAGCAUGAGAUUUUCCUCACUGCAAGUCCCAAGCUAUUCAUACACAAACUCUUGCUCAUCGAAGAGCAUCCUCAAGAAGCAGUCGUCCUCGCGACCUGCCACUGUUGACAAGCGUAUACAAUUCCAAGUAACGCCAACCGUCCACUGUGUGACGCCUAUUGAGAACCCAGAUGAGUAUUACGGGAAGCACAUGAAGAUGUCACGAGAAGAGCGGCGAUGGACGGUCCGACAGGCUCCAAUUGAGGGCUUCUCCGGCCCGUGCGCGUCCGAUCUUUUUCGCCCCUGUCGCCGGUCAUCGGCGCUAAAAGCGAAGAGAUGCUUGACCUCCCGCCGUGGCUUGCUCACGUUGGCAAUUGAAACAUCAUGUGACGAUACAUCAAUAGCUAUCGUUGAGAAAACAAAGAAAGACUCCAGAAACGCAGCCAAGAUCCAUUUCCUUGAGAAUGUCACGGCCGACACGCGCGCGCAUCGCGGAAUUCACCCUAUUAUCGCCCUCGAAUCCCACCAAGACAACCUCGCAACCCUUGUACAGAAAGCCCUUAAUUACCUACCGGAGUCAAAAACCGGCGAUGGACUCAAAAUGGCAGAUGGGUCUCGUCGCCGCCUGCCUGAUUUCAUAUCCGCCACAAGAGGUCCUGGGAUGCGGUCCAAUCUGUCCGUUGGCCUCGAUACUGGAAAAGCGCUUUCGGUUGCAUGGCAGAUCCCCAUGGUCGGAGUGCAUCACAUGCAGGCACAUCUUUUGACACCGGGUCUUGUAUCAUGCCUGGAAAAUGAAGCCAAGCCUGUCGACCCACCCGCAAUGACCCCAGAAUUCCCUUUCCUGUCGAUUCUUGUCUCCGGAGGCCAUACGACUUUGGUUCAUUCCAAAGGUCUCACAGACCAUAGUAUUCUCGCUACAAGCGAAGACAUAGCUAUUGGAGAAGCACUCGAUAAAUCCGCACGAGAUAUCCUACCAGAUUCUUUGCUUCAGGAAGCUAAAAAUACCAUGUACGGCAAGAGUCUGGAGCAAUUCGUCUUCCCUAACGGCAAGGCCGAUUUCGCGGAUUAUACGCCACCGGAAACUCGAGGUAAAGAAAUAACAAAGCGUGUAAGCGAUUGGGGCUGGUCUCUUACGACUCCAUUCGCGAAUACGCGGAUCAUGCAGUUCAGCUUUUCUUCAAUUGCGAGCAUGGUUGGGAAAGUUGUUCAGAGUAACAGUACGAAUAUUAAGAUGUCGCAUCCAGAGCGUAUCGACCUAGGCCGGGAAGCCAUGCGCGUCUGUUUUGAGCACCUUGCUUCGCGCACUGUUAUCGCGCUGGAGACUCUGCGACCGCACAAUAAUGGCAAAAACGAUAUCAAGACUCUCGUUGUCAGUGGUGGUGUUGCCGCCAACCAGUUCCUCAUGAAAGUGCUCACUUCAUUCUUGGAAGUGCGCGGCUUUGGCAAUAUCAAGAUCGUUGCUCCACCUCCAUAUUUGUGUACCGACAAUGCGGCCAUGAUUGGGUGGGCCGGUAUUGAGAUGUUCGAAGCUGGCUUCCGAUCCGAGCUCAGCUGUCGUCCUCUGCGGAAAUGGACCCUUGACCCGAAAGCUGAUGAUGGUGGUAUCCUUGGCCCAGGAGGCUGGAUCCAGGAGUGA